UAAGUGUUACUAGCGGUACGGUUUGUCCUGAACGCAGGCAUCCACUAUCAGCAUGGAGAAACGAAAGUGUUAAGUGCUGACAGUCGCUGCUGCGGAUAUUGUGAGCUCCUGCCCGCCUCAGGCGUCACUUCCUCGAAGUGGACAGUUAGAUUUUCGUUUUAAUCGCUCAUGUGGCCGGAGCCAUGCAGAGACUGAGGUGUUUUAAAAGUUGCUGGUUGUUAUUGAGGUCAAGCUGCGAGGGAGCAGCGAAACAGACAACCAGCUCAAGAUGUUAUAGCCAUAACCCCAGGUCCUUUGGGCUCCUCUUUGACAUAGAUGGGGUCCUGGUCCGAGGCAGGACCCCGAUCCCAGCAGCCAAGCAGUGCUUCAGGAACUUGGUGGACCGCCAUGGGAAGUACAAGGUUCCUGUGGUCUUUGUUACGAACGCAGGGAACUGCAUGAGGCAGACUAAAGCUGAGCAUCUGUCUCAUCUCCUGGAGGUUGAGGUGUCUCCAGACCAGGUGAUGCUGUCCCACAGUCCUCUGCGAAUAUUUACCCAGUUUCACAAAAAGUGCGUGCUGGUCUCCGGUCAGGGUCCUGUUGAGGAGGUGGCUCACAACCUGGGCUUUGAGGACGUGGUCACCAUAGAUAUGGUUAGAGAGGCGUACCCUGUCCUGGAUAUGGUGGACCACAACAGAAGGCCCAAAGACUUUAUUCCACCCAACAAGAACUUACGGCCAAUAGACGCCAUAAUUUUAUUCGGUGAGCCAAUCAGAUGGGAGACCAAUCUUCAGCUCAUCGUUGACGUUCUUCUAACCAACGGAAACCCGGGCAGUUUGUGGAGCUCCACCCAGUAUCCUCACAUCCCGGUCCUGGCCUGCAAUAUGGACCUGCUGUGGAUGGCAGAGGCGAAAAAUCCCAGGUUUGGACAUGGCAUGUUCCUGGUUUGCUUAGAGAAUUUGUACAAGAAGGUCACAGGUUACGAUCUGAAGUAUGAGGCUCUGAUUGGUAAGCCGAGUGUGGUGACUUAUAACUACGCUGAGCUGCUGAUUAGACAGCAGGCAGAGAAGCUCGGCUGGAACACACCUGUGAAGACGCUUUAUGCUAUCGGAGACAAUCCCAUGGCAGACAUAUAUGGAGCCAACCUCUACAAUCGCUACCUUCAGGCCUCUAAGCAUACCAAAGUCAAAGUGCAGGCCAAGAGCUGCAGAGGAGGAGCGGAUCCCACCGCUCAGUCUGUCGACGACCAUCGUAAAAUGACAUCGGCGGAAAUGGGCGGCGCCUCUGUUGCCUACAGGUCAGAGGAGGAUCUCCCCGAGGCCUGCAGCUCCAUCCUGGUCUGUACAGGAGUGUACAGCAGAGAUCAGCAGGAGCUGCCAUCUGACCCGGCGCAAACAGUUACUGAGCAGCACAUCUUCCACGGCCACAGGGACUUCCGCUUCGACCCCACCCUCACACAGCCGUCCUUCGUGGUGCAGGACGUGAAAGAGGCCGUGGAGUUGGUGUUCCAGCAGGAAGGCUGGCCUCUAGAGUAGCAUCAGGGAAUAUUCAAAUAGCUUCUCUUUUUUUAAAACCUUUCUUUGUAUUCUGCCUGUUAUUGUGCAAUUCAGAGUAUAUACAACAAGCAGUUAUAAUGCUAACACUACAAUUUACAGCAGCUCUUAAAGUCUACUUGUCAGGUUUUAUAUUAAAGAAAAGAGAGCAUGAUAAAUCAUUUCAAAACUUUUUCCACCAUUAAUGUGGAACAUAUCAUGUAUGGGUUUGUUUGCUUUCGGAGAAACAAAGAAACCGUUUAAAAAAGCAUAAGUGUGCACAACCUUAAACUAAUCCUUUUGCUCUAAUUCAGCAUUCAGCCUUCUUUAGUAGGAAUCACAAUAGCGUUUUCUUUCACUCUGCCUUCCAAACGUUCUCCAGACCUCAAUGUGUAGGAACACAUCUAUUUUCCGCAGCCCACUGUAGUUUUGCUAAACUUUAUUUUGUAAUUAAAUCAAUGGCUCACCAACACGUCUGCAGAACCUAAUGAAGUGUUGAGGAGAUAAUUGAGUAGUAGGAGAGUGAAACUGGAGAUUCCUGGCUUAGAUUCACAGUGUAAGAUCUCAUUUUGCUUUUAACUAUCAAGCAAACAUAUCUGUGGUAUUUGAAAUUAAUCAGAACUUUAUCCAUAUUGACUAAAAACCUCAGGUUCAUGUAAAUAAUAGAAUGUUAAUCUCGUCUUUUGAUUAAUUCUGGCGAAAAGUGCUGUGUUUUAAUAAGCUUUGUACUCCAAUACUUUCUCCAAUUAUUCAUCUUUGUACUACAAUAUGCAUUUUAUGCUGUAAAUUUCUUUUUGUAUGCCCUUCUCCUGACUGAUACCUUUGUACCAUGGGGUCCUUUUGAAUGUUUGUAAGCCAUCUACAGACUAGCCCUUUAGCAACAGGAUGCUAAUGCAGAAAUGUUAGAUGAAUCUAGUUAGACUACAGAACUUUAUAUUAAUGUUUCAUUAUUGAUAGUGGAUGUGAAUUCAUAGAGUAUAUACUAAAAAUGUAUCAAAAGGGAUUUAGUGGUUAUUUCAAGGGUGUGCACACUUAUUCUACCAAAUUAUUACAGGUUUUUUAUUUUUUUAUAAUUCUUUUCUCAUUUGUUCUUGUGUUUUUAAAAUGUACAGGGUAAAUCUCACAUAUCCACACAAUAUUUUGAAAUUAUUAAUCAAAGUCUAACUGUUCACAUCAUAAACACUUUUUUUGUACACUUUGGAGAGGAACUGUCAGUCUGAUCUGCCGGAUUUUUUGUUUGUUUAGUCUAAAAGGAAGAGUUUUAUGCAUUAAAAUUUAUAACAUUUGCCUGCUUUCAAAAGAAAUUAGAUUAGCUGUCAGGUGUUUUACACCACACAAUAUAUCGGAAAAUGUUUGACUCAGUUUAAAGCAAAAGCUACAUUGGCACAAAUGUGGUUUUGACCUUAGGUUUUAAGGUCAAAAGCACUUAUUAAAAUGAAGAUUAAUUUUAUUUUUCUAAAUAAAUCACCCUUUUGUUUUCUUAUUCUGUGUUGGUUGAUAUAUUCCAGCCUGAUUUGUUUUUAAGUCACGGUUAAUGCUCAGGAAAUUAAGUUGCCAAUAUUCAGUUUAGACCUUUAAAAAUGCAGUAUUUUGAUUUUAUCCUCUUUUUAUGUUUUUGUAAAGUUUACAGCAUUGCACUGUUGGAUUAGAAAUGAGGUGCUGUUUGACAAGUGAACAUGAAUGUUUGCUAGAUUAAAUGACAUGGAGAAAGUUGCACCUGUUCUGUAUUGAAGAUGUAAAAGUGAUGGAAACCUGCAGACUGAUACUUUGUAAAAGCAAUAUUUUGUAAAGGAGCAAUUAAAAAGAUGAAGGGAGCUAAAUGGA